GAUAUCUCCUUCAACUUCUACGGUUGAAACUUCAAAGUGUUGAACUCUUCUCCUCUUCGGGGCUUUCCUUUCUCUUUUCCGAAUUUCUUUCGGCGGUCCGACGGAAUCAAAGAAAACGGUAAAGAAUCAAAUAAAUUGAAGGUAGAGAGAGAGAGAUCAGAGGAAGAUGGAAGGAGAUAGAAGAGUGGGCGUGGCCGUUGAUUUCUCUCCCUGCAGCACCAAAGCACUGAGAUGGGCGGUAGACAACGUUGUCCGCGACGGAGAUCACCUCAUCCUCGUUAACGUCCGGCCUGAAGGAAACUACGAGGAGGGCGAGAUGCAGCUGUGGGAAGCCACUGGUUCUCCCUUGAUCCCAUUAAGCGAGUUCUCGGACCCUGUCAUCAUGAAGAAAUAUGGAAUAACGCCUGACCCGGAAACUUUGGAUAUACUGCAGUGUGCAUCAAGGCAGAAAGAGAUUGUUGUGAUAAUGAAGAUCUACUGGGGAGACCCACGGGAGAAGAUAUGUGAAGCAAUUGAUGACAUUCCCCUCAGCUCCAUCGUCAUAGGAAACAGAGGUCUUGGAAAGCUCAAGAGGGUUAUUAUGGGCAGCGUCAGCAACUAUGUGGUGAAUAAUGGUACCUGUCCCGUUACAGUGGUGAAGCAUGUCGAUCAAGAAGGCUAGUAGUCUCUUUGUAUCUGUUUUCUUCUGCUGUCCUGCAGAAUGUGUGUUGUCGUGGUUGUUAGAACUUGGUUUCUCUUUCUCUUCCAAUGGGAUUUCUUGAUUCACACAGGGUUCGGGAUAGAAUUUCUGUUAAUAAGUCCACUGAUUGUACCUACAGUGGAGGUAAGUGAUAAUGUAUUUCACCCAUGAACUUCGUGUAUGUAAGUUCUUUCUUCUUUACUUGUUUCUCUUAUAUUGAAAUUAA